GAGGAGAAAAGAAAGAGAUAAACGCAGAAAAAUUAGGGGGAAAUUUUGCAAAUAUAUUUAAAUAUUUUUUAAAAAAUAUAAGAUAUUUUCCUUUAUUUAUUUUUUUUGGGCGUGGGGGUUGGGGUGUUGGGGGUUUCAAAUAACUGAGGCCCGUCAACACUGGUAAAAUGGUAGUUGGGUUUCAAAUAUACGGUGAGUUGGGUUUGGUAGUUGAUGAGGUGCUUGUGCCAUAAUUGACCCGACCCGACCCGACCCGACCCGACCCGACCCGACAAGAGAUGUAGCCGUAGCAAGUAAGUAUUUCAGCCUUUGGAUCUCUGUUUUUGCAUAUAAAAGGAGGAUGAGGAUUGAGGAGCUUAGGAAUGGACAAGGAAGGGCAGUAGAAGAACGAUGAAGAAGAAUAACAAUUCUAAUCCACCGUUUGAGGGAAAAUUAGCAUAUAAUUCAAAUUCUCAAAAGAUACAGAAGAAGAAAUCAAUUGCAAAGACCGAUGUUUUGAAUCAAAUUACCAGCAAUGGAGGAGAAAAGAGUCAACUUAAGAAGAACAUUGAAAAGGCCAAAGGCAAGUGCAUUAUGGACCCCUCAAUUAACAGGGAGGAGCAAAUGGAUGUUGAUCAGGUCACUUGUCAUUUUAAUUGCCCUUUCAAGGACGACAUAAUCAUGGAGAUCCUCUGCAGGUUACCUGUACGCUAUCUUGUUCAAUUCAAAUGUGUUUCUAAAUUGUGGAACGCGAUAAUUUCUGAUCCUUACUUUGUCAACAAGCAUCUCAAUCAUGCCAAGAAUGAUCCACAUGCCCCAAAACUACUUUUUUGCGAAAUUUCCCUUGCGGAUUAUACAACUUCCAUCUAUUCUUGUCCUUUAUCGUCCGUUUGACUGGUUGACAAACUACAAAAACUUGACCCCCCUUCAAGCCCUGAAACCAUAACCUGUUGUACUUACAAUGGCUUGGUUGUUAUCAGUGCUUUUAGUCAAACUAUUCAACAAUCCAUACAUAUGUUGUGGAACCCCUCCACAAGAGAAUCAAUACUACUUCCUCAAACCAGAAUUUCCAAGGCAGAAUUUUUAUCGUUUGGGAUAUUGGGUUAUGACUCAACUAUUGGUGACUAUAAGAUCCUAAAAAUUGACAUUCGCAGUCCCAAUGAGGGAAGCAAAGUGCCUGGUGAGAUUCUCACGUUGAAAAGUGGUUCCUGGAGAAAUAUUGACAAAUUUCCUCAUGGACUUAUCACUUGGGCGUCUGGUAUUGGUUCUUCUUUGGCAUUAGUAAACAAUGCCUUUCACUGGAUCUGUGUGUCUGGAGAGUAUUAUGGAGUUUCAAGAACUUUCUGUCUGGUUUCAUUUAGUAUUUCAAAUGAAGUGUACUCAGAGAUACCGUUGCCAGAGCAAUUAUCAUGCAUAAAGGGCAAUAUCGAUAUUGGCAUUUCUGAAGUGAAAGAAAUGCUUUGUGCUUAUUGUACUUAUGUUCCUCAGCAGCAGCGCACUUUUAAGUUAUGGAUAUUGAAAAACUAUGGUGUCUAUGAAUCUUGGAAUUCGGUGCUUAGUAUAGUUGAUCAUGACCUUGUUAGAGCUAUACCGAAAUAUUGGUUUGCUGAUGGUGAUGUGCUAUUCUGGUCCUCAUAUUUGGCGGCUAAACCGAGAUGUUCAUUUAGGACAACAUCCAGGGGGGCAAUUGGACUAUGUGAUGAUAACAUUCGGAAUGGAUUUGUUUUUAUGGAAAGCUUGAUCUCUCCAAAGUCACUUAUUUAGUGUUUGCUUAUGUAUGAUCAAGGAAAUCUUUUUCUUUUUCCAGUCUCCAUGUUGUAACCACCUUGUACUCUUGUUAUUUUAUCAACCAGAGUGAUUUUAUUAAUCCUUAUGAAUAUUGCAUUGA